GGAGCGCCCGCCGCCAUCCGUGGCCGAAACAGAUCUCGACGGGCCCCAGCCUCGUUGGGGCCAUUCUUAUCCACUGCUCGCUCACUCGCCAACACGCUCAUUUCUAUCGGACCGCGAAGACAUUUAUUCAUACUACUAUGUAUAAUAACCCGCAACUCUAUGUACGGGACGGGACCAGCGACAAUGGCAAAUUGUCCACAGGGACAAUUAUCAUCAUUGUCGUCGUAUGCGGCUCCGUGGUUGUCCUGGCAUCUAUCCUCUUUCUCUGGCGGCUACUUUUCCGCCAGUGUAACCGCAAGAAGUCAAACCCGCUGCCGCCUGUACAGCUGCUUGCGCACGAGCGUCAAGAACAUGCCACGACAUUUGCGGACGGUAAGGCUUUCUACUCGACCAGCAGCCUAAACGGGUCAAUGCACAAGCUAACAUUGCAACACGCUCCGAGCUUUGCAUCCCUACUCCCCCGCGACGCAUCGAGUAGCCGUCAGAACAGCGUUUUCGUUGACGAUGCGACCUCUGCAGAGAGCAUUCCUACUCUCGGACCGCCUGUGUCGGCGGACAAUCUCACCCCGCCAAAUCCCCCUUUCAACCCAUAUAUCAGCGCAGAAUCCGUUGAAAGCAUGCAGCCAUCCUCAAGCGUUCCUUUUUCUGAUGUAUCCUCGACCAUCUCCCACGUCACGUCCCUCAGGAAUGGAGCACAAAACGCCAUGAGCGGCUAUAUGGGUCAAGAUGACGCAUUUGAUAGGCGCAGCGUAUUCGCCGACCAAUGGGUGCCCGUUGGUGCACGCUCAUUAAGUAUGCACGCCACCAGUAUUCCAGGGCCCUCAGUUGGCCGAGCAAUAUCGACCAAUCCGCGCAUCCCAAGCAGCCUGUCGCAGUCUACCACUGUGACAAUGUCCCAGCAGACCUACCACCGCAGCCAAUCGCAGCCGCGCAUCAUAGGAGCGCGCCCAUAUCCUCCUCGCUCACAGUCUGCCGGCCCGUCAUAUGCGUCCGGCUCGACAACACACACACCGCCACCUCCGGUGCCAAGCCGACCCGCAGGCUAUGCCACCCCGCCACAGGAGAGAACAGCAAACGAGGAGCCGAUGCGCGGUAGACCACGCAGCGCGACCGUUGUGCGGCCUGCUCCGCAUUCAAGAGGCUUAUCGCAAGACCAGCAGGUCGCCCAGCUAGCGGCGUUGUCCUCCAUACCAUACGUUUCAGAUCAACCGCCGCCUCCACGACCGCCCGAGGAAGCGCGAUGGCAGCCGUCGCGUUCACGCUCGCGCAGAAAUACCCUACGGAAACCUAAACCGACAGUCCCCAACGAAGAGUCUUCUGUGCCUCAUAAUUGGCCCAUGUAUGCGCCCACGAUCUAG